UCUGAAUCCUCAUGGAAGUGCUUCCAGCUCUUCAGAGACUGAAGACAGUGAGGAUGAUGAAGAGGAGGAUGGGAACAGUCCUGAUUCUCAGGUGGAACCCUUGUCAGACUCUGGAUCAGAAACUGAAGACAGUGACAAAGACUGGAAGGAGAGAAGGGCCCCUGAGUCAGGUGUAAACUGUGUCAACAACAGUUCCAGCUGCUCUGAGUGUGGUAAACAAUUUCUCCGCAAGCAGUCUCUUCAGAGACACAUGAUACAUCAUUCAACAGUAAGACGUUCAAACUGUUUGAGUCAUAAGAAAAGUGUCAGAAAGAAGAAACAUCUAGAGUCACACAGAGAAGUCCAGACACAACCCAAACCAUUUAGUUGUGAUGAGUGUGGUAAAAUAUUUACCUGGAAAUCGAGAUUAAAUUCACACAUGAGAGUCCACACAGGAGAGAAACCAUUUGUAUGUGAGUACUGUGGACAAAGAUAUAGUCAGAAGGCUAAUUUAAACUCACACCUGAGUGUCCACACAGGAGAGAAACAGUUUGUAUGUGAGAACUGUGGAGAAAGAUUUAGCUAUAAUGCUAGUUUAAAGACACACAUGAGAGUCCACACAGGAGAGAAACCAUUUGUAUGUGAGCUGUGUGGACAUAGAUGUGGACGGAUGGGUAGUUUAAACCAACACAUGAGAGUUCACACAGAAGAGAAACCGUUUGUAUGCGAGGACUGUGGACAUAGAUUUAAUGAURUUAUUAGUUUAAACUCACACRUGAUAGUCCACACAGGACAGAAACCGUUUGUAUGUGAGGACUGUGGAUAUAGAUUUAGACAUAAGGCAACUUUAAACUCACACAUGAGAGUCCACACAGGACAAAAWCUGAUUGAAUGUAAUGACUGUGGACAAAGAUUCAGACAUUUGGCUAAUUUAAGCAAACACAUGAGAGUCCACACAGGACAGAAACUGUUUGAAUGUGAGGACUGUGGAAAAAAAUUUAGUUAUAAGGCUAGUUUAAACUCACACAUGAUUGUCCACACAGGACAGAAACCAUUUGAAUGUGAGGACUGUGGAAAAAAUUUUAGUUAUAAGGCUAGUUUAAACUCACACAUGAGAGUCCACACAGGCCAGAAACCGUUUGUAUGUGAGGAUUGUGGAGAAAGAUUUAGCUAUAAGACUAGUUUAAAGAGACACAUGAGAGUCCACACAGGACAGAAACUAUUUGUAUGUGAGGACAGUGGACAAAGAUUUAGCUAUAAGGCUAGUUCUAAGGCCAGCAUUUCCCCUGCCAUUAUUCAAGGGGGGAGGCUCACCCCGUAAACGAGAUCACCCGCCCCUCAAAAAWUUUCUUGGCAUGUAGUCAUUUUUAUUUAAAUAACUCCAGAUCAAGUCGAGAGCAUUUUUGCCGUCACUGCUCCUCCUCCACCUCUCAUCUGUAAGCGCAGUCUGUAUGUGCGCCAUUGUUUUUAUUACUUGGUGGAAAUGAUUUUCCUAGGAAAUGCAGCCUCGUGGGGACCAAAGCCUGGUUCCCACGACUUCGGAGGCGGGUUUUGGGUGGAGGUGGGGGAUAGCUUUAGGAUCAAGGUGUGAAUUGAGUUUAGGUWAGUUUUUCAAUUCAAAUUUUUUUUUUCAAUUCUAAAAAUUUUAUUCUUCAGGCGAGGCAAGAUGGCGGAGGAGUAAGACGUGUCGCGUGGGCUCCCGCUCUGAGUUGUUCUGUUUGUGGUUCUCUACUAAAUGUCCUUGCUGUUUUGAGCAUUUGGUCAGUCCGGACUCGACCCCUGAGCGAUUCUUGCUUGGAAGGGUAGAAGAAUGGCGACAAACUCGAGGAAAGGCAAACAUCCUAGCUCUGCGGCUGUUAGGCCCGACGCCACCUCAGAGCAGACUGCAGCUAAAGCCGGAUCUUUGGCGCCUCCCUCUCCCUCCUGUGGCGAGGUGGACACACUCUCCUUGAAGUCUGACAUUCUUGCCGCUAUAAAAACGAUCUCUCAGCUGUGAUCAAAUCCGAAAUAAAAGCGGCUUUGGCUGAAGAGUUUAUUCUUAUUAAAGGAGAGCUACAAGCAGUGAGAGCGGAAGUGGCUAACGGCACAAUGCUACUACGCGCCGACCUGGACCACCUUAAGCAGAGCAUAAAAGAGGUGGAGGACGGCUUGUCAACCUGGUCCGAUGAGGUUGUUACUCUACGCACCACCGUCUUGGAACUGAAAGAAUAAGUCRAUGGGCUCAAAAAGAAGUGUGACGAUAUGGAAGGGCGCAUGAGAAGGUGCAAUGUGCGGAUUAUUGGAGUCCCUGAGAUGCCGGAGUCCAGCUCCACUUCAGCAGUGGCUAAACUGAUAGCAGAGGUUCUACAGAUGGACAAAGCGCCACUGGUUGACCGAGCACAUCGCUCUCCAGGUGGGAACAAGUCAGGCGAUAAGCCGUGGGUUAUUGUUGCUAAGCUGCACUAUUAACAAGAAUGUGUGGAAAUACUGCUUCGGGCGCGGAGCUGCGGCCAUCAUCGUUUUAAGGAGGCACCGAUUAUCAUCACAUCUGACUACACUGCGGCUGUGGCCAGGGCUCGGGUGGCGUUUAUGGAUGUGAGGAGGCUUCUUCGCAACCGACGAGAUGUUUGCUACGGCUUGCUUUUUCCUGCACGGCUCCGCAUCUUUCAUGGGGAGGAAAACAAGGAGUUCCUGGAUGCCAAUAAAGCAAUGGACUACGUUAAAAAGAGGAUCAUCUCGGCGACGGACAACGAGGACCGGCUUGACCGCAGGUCCAGUCCUCAUCAAUCCAUUAUGACUGUCAGGUUGUAAUGAACCUUCCAACUUUAUGUCCCGCGCUAUAUCUUGAUUUAGUUUUAGACUUU